AUGGCAAUGCUCUGCGGCGAUGCCUCCGUGUUGGACCGAAUGGCCGACCCCCGUGUCCUCGCGGCGCUGCAGCCUGAGUGCGCUUUUGCAUUUUCCUCCCGAUUGUGCGCUGCGCCUCCGCCCGGCCCACGCAGUUUGUUUUUCGCCGCACAUGGUGGGGGGCACUUGAGCGAGAUUGUGUGGCGGCAUUGGGAGCCGCUGCGGCGCGGGUCUCCGACGGGGCGGCUGCCACGGCAUGGGGCGGGUGGAGCCCCCAGUCGUCGACGCGCCCGCGCGCGUGUGCGGCACGAGUGGGACGGGCGUUCCGCCAGGGGUGGAGGCAGCCAUCACUAG